CUCCUGGCUCAGCGGAUGGACUCAGUGUAACCUAGAGAGUCUUUACACACUGGGAAGAACGUCAGCAGAGGUCGAUCAGAGGCGGAGAUGACAACAGAAGAAUGGUCAGAGCCGUGUAACAGGCCUGGCUUUGAAGACAGGAAAUGGUCCCAAGCCAAGGACUGUGAGUGACUUCUCAAAGCCGAAGACGCUUCCACAGCAAUGAGUUGGUGGAGGAACAAUUUCUGGAUCAUCUUAGCUGUGGCCAUCAUCUUCAUCUCCUUGGUCCUGGGUCUCAUCCUGUAUUGUGCCUGCAGAUGGCAGCUUAGACAAGGCAGGAACUGGGAAAUUGCCAAGCCCUCAACACAGGAUGGAAGAAAUGAGGAAAAGAUGUACGAGAAUGUUCUUCAUUCUUCAUCAGGUCCGUUACCUCCUCUGCCACCCAGGGGUUCACCUUUUCCAGGAGACCUAGCCCCACAGGAAGCUCCAAGACAACCAUCAGCUUGGUACUCAUCAGUGAAGAAAGUUAGAAACAAGAAAGUCUUUGCUAUCUCAGGCUCCAUGGAGCCAGAAAAUGAUUACGAUGAUGUUGAGAUUCCGUCAACCAAUGAAAUCCAGCACUCUAAAACCACACCUUUUUGGCAAGCUGAAAUGGGUUUACACAGCUCAUUUUAGAAUAAUCUAGAAUGGCUGGACUGUAACACAAGCACUUCCUAAUCCCUAGAGGAAGCUGCCUCAGCCAUGUGAAAACCAUAGCAGAAGACAAGACAUCUCAAUGUUCCCGAGGCUCCAGACGUUCCUGUUGCUCUAGACGAUCCUGUUGCUACAGAUGCUCCUGAUGUUUCUGACCCUGCAGAAGCUCUGCCCUGAGGCUCUGAGGGUGUAGCCUUGGCACCUCUGUGGAGGAAGUUUCCUUAGUGCGGACCACUGGGUCUGUGAGAAUUGACUCAUUUCUCAACAUUCCCCUUUGUUCACUUGGUGAACGUAGCUGUAAGGCAGUGACUCUCAACCUUCCUAAUGCUGGGGCCCUUCAAUACAGUUCCUUAUCUGUGGAGAUCCCCAACCAUAAAAUUAUUUUGUGGUUACUUCAUAAUUGUAAUUUUGCUACUGUUGUAAAUUGUAAUGUAAAUAUCUGAUACUCAGGAUAGAUGAUAUUCCACCCCUUAGGAGGCUGAGACCCAUAGGUUGAGAGACACUGCUGGGGAUCAUAGUCUUGAUAUUUGAUUGUGUGGAGCCUCCCAGCUCCCAUCCCUAUGCAGGCCAUAGCUUAAGGAUGUCCGUCUCCCUUCUCUCGGGCCCCACCCAUCCUGAACCUCCUGGAAGCCAUGACUUGUCAUUAUAGCUGAGGGUUCUUAUGAUGCGCAGGUCACCACACUCUGAGAGUCUGUAAGGUGAGAAACUGCUUUUUGUUCUUGUGAAGCCGCCCCACCCACUCACACCUCAACCCCCACUAUUAUAGAAUGUGGACCAAACCCAUUAAAGAGUCAAGUUCUGACACAGUA